AUGGAGAACAAUGAGAAUGUGACUGACUAUUUCAAUCGAGUGGAGACAAUCACUAAUCAGAUGAAAGACAAUGGAGAAGUGAUGACUGAGGUUGUGAUCAUUGAAAAUAUUUUGAGGACACUAACACAAAGAUACGAUCACAUAGUGGUGGCUAUUGAAGAAUCAAAGAACCUUGAUACAAUGAAGUUGGAAGAUCUGCAAAGCUCCCUAAAAGCUCAUGAAUUAAGGGUAAAAGAAAGAGAUGAGGCACACACACAAACACAUACAAUGCAAGCUCAGAUCAACAAGAAGUUCAAUCAAGAUGGAGUAAAAAAUAAGAAGUGGAAGGGCAAGUCGGGAUGGCACCAGAAACAGGAUCAAGAUGAGGAGGUUAGAGGUUCAAAAAGUCAACAAAACAGUGAUAAUAAAAGCAAGAAACCAUCUGACAAGAAGAAAUCCAAGAAAGUACAAAGAGAUGAUGGUGAAGCUCAAUUGGCCCAGGCAGACAGUUAUGACUCAGAUGAAGUGUUACUGAUGGCUUCUACAAUCAUGGAGGAUGAUUGUCCAGGAUUGUGGUACCUUGACAUAGGGUGCUCGAAUCACAUGACUAGCCAUAAAGAUUGGUUUGUAAGUAUUAAUGAGAAGGUGAAAAGGGAAAUCAGAUAUGUAGACAACAACACAGUAACAGCUGAAGGAUUUGGCAAGAUCUUGAUUCAAAGAAAGGAUGGCAAACAAUCUUUCAUAUGUGAUGUGUUGUAUGUGCCAAAUAUGAAGAACUAUCUAUUAAGCCUUGGAAAGUUACUGGAGAAGGGAUACUCUAUGAGUAUGGAGAAUGGACAAAUGAAGAUGUUUGAUAGUGCUAAGAGUCUUAUCUUGAAGGCACCAUUGUCUAAGAACAGAACCUUCAAGAUUGAAAUCCAGAUCAAUGAAAAUUAG